ACGCCUACCACUCUUUCUAAAAUCACUUCUUCGCGAUUACAAUGUCUGAAGCUGGAAAGAAAGCUUUAAUUCUAGGAGCUACUGGCGCUGUGGGAAAAGCCCUACUGCGUGAAGUACUGCUAGCCGACACCUACAAGAGCGUCACCACCAUUGGAAGACGUGAAGUCAAACUCGACGAUACAGUACCGCAAAGUAAGCUAGUUCAGAAAACUGUCGACUUUGACAACCUGGAAGCAAGUCGCUCGGAAUUGAAAGGGUACGAGGAUGUGUUCUGCUGCCUUGGCACCACAAAGGCUGAUGCUGGUAGUGCUGACGCAUUCAAGAAAAUUGAUCACGACUAUGUUGUUAACUCUGCCAAAAUCAUUGCUGAAGAAAAUCCUGCACCAGGCGGUGGUCUUAGCCCCGUACACUUUUUGUACUGUUCAUCCAGCGGUGCCUCUAAGAGUUCACCAUUCCUUUACCCUAAGUCCAAGGGUGAGACAGAAGAAGACCUUAUCAAUGUGGGCUUCCAGCGAGUAUCCAUCUUCCGACCACGUUUUCUAACUCUUGAAGAAGAACGUCCUCGACCACGCUUGGCUGAAUCCAUCUUCGGUAAAAUUGUGGGCUAUACUAGAGUGGUCGGUUUGCAUUUGGACGUACCUGUAGCCGUUGUAGGUAGAGCUAUGUUACAUGCUGCCGCUCAUCCUGUCGACGCUACAGGCGACUCCGACAAAACUAUCUCGCAAUUCGUUGAGAACCCAGAGAUUGAAGCAACUGGCGCUUGAUUGUUCUUUUUACUGUUUAUCUACCGAUUAAAAAUCUCUAUACGAGUAUCAUGUGUAUCUAAGCAACACACCCGUAAUAAAUUGAAUACCUGCUAUCAGAACUUUAAAAAAAGCUCUACAAUAAUGG